GAUCAAAGUCAUUGUGAUUAUGAUGGUUUUGAAUAAUUCGGUAUAACUCAUGUAAUAACUUAUGUGUGUUAAGCUAAUCAAGAGUGCCACUAAGAGGUCCAGUCAGGUAUAGGAAAACCUGCAAAGAAGGGGGGCACUGAAGCAACAUUGAGAACCACUGGCCUAUAGGACACAAGAGAUGCUGCCUGCCUGUUUGUCCUACACAAUGCUCACAGCUGAGACUGUCAAUGCUUUGUGAUGAACCGUCUACUCCCAACAUUUCACAAGCAGGCCUGUGAUCAUCAGGGGGGUGGGGGGGCCUUCUAAAAGGCAGUACCCAAAUCUGUCACAAGGUAGUGACAUUUCACCUUUUUUGCUUGUCCCAUUAUAUAGCUUCACCUAUGGUUCUAAUUUUAUUUUGGUUACAUUUUGCCUUUGCAAGGCAAGGUAUUGACUGUUUAUCAUGAGUCUUAGCCAUAAUGUUUUAGCUUUUGAUGGAGAAAAACUUUUUUUUAUAUAUGGACAACCUCGGGUGAGUGGACAGAGUGAACAGUGUCCAUUGUAAAGACAAACAGGACUGUAGUAGUGAUCAGAAAUUCAAGUAUGGAGAUACUGAUAUGUCUGAAUUUUGGUUUAGGUGCACUGUAUGUCAGGUAGUUUAAUAAAUCCUUGACGUCUUGUGAUUGAGAUUAUAGAAAUGUCAGAAUGUCUUGUUUGUGUUUGUGUGAUUAUAGUGCCUGUCUUUUUUUUGUUACAUGUUAAUCACAUCUGUAAAUGUUUUUCAGCCAAACGUAUUCACACCUGUAAACGUAGGACAUCUAAACAUUACAAAAAGGCAUAUGUGUGUGUAUGUAAGUGUGUAUGUAGGUGUUUGUUUGUGUGUGUGUAUGUUUGUGUGUGUACAUGUGUGUGUGAAAGAAAGAGCGAGAGAGAGAGAGAGAGAGAGAGAGAGACUGUCGGAGGGAGAUUUUUAGGGGAGGGUCCAGUGGCUGAAGUAGUGAGAAGGACUGUAGCACACAUGAUAGAUCAAAGGCUGUUUCCAUUUUUCUGGAGGACUGGCACACAGAGCUCAUAGGAACUAUACAUUGCUCCCUUCAAGCUGAAACAGGCCUUGCUCAGGAUGACGAUGGCUGUCAACUGAAGCUGUUAAGCCCAUUGCCUUCUGUAGUCUCUGUAACAAGUCAAAGAGGAGGCCCCUUGGUCCAAAGAAACGGACAAAGAUAGUUAGGACCAGAAAAAAAAACCUAUUUACUUAUCACUCAGAAGUCAUUAAUACCACUACCACAGCAGCAUAUCUAAUGUUUUGCAUAUUGUGUGUGCUACCAUUUUAUCCUGACAAUACAUUUAUAUUCAGCUUCUCUGGACUUUUGUCUAGCCACCUGUUGAACAUUCUGAGGGCUAAAGUGCCACUUUAUAUCGUUGUAGCAAUUUGUUUUAAAUGCACAGGUUCCCCAAAAUCCUGAUCAGAAUAACUGAGGUCUGCAGCAGUUACAAGGCAGUUGUAUGAAUGCCGUAAAGGGCACUUGAUUUUACACAACAGAGAGAAUAAUUCAGUCACUCCCAGGUGGAGCUGCAGUGAAACAGAUAUCCCAUGGCCACUCUAGGGCUGAUGUGGAGCAGGAAGGCUGGGGCCUCUGGUCAGACUGCUGGACUGCUGACGACCCUGCUCCUGGGACUGCUGAUGCUGUCGUGGGGGCCCCUGGGGGUCUGGGCCCAGAAUGACACAGAGCCCAUCGUGCUGGAGGGGAAGUGUCUGGUGGUGUGCGACUCCACCCCAUCCUCGGAGCCCGCAGGCAACGCCCUGGGCAUGUCGGUGCGCUCAGGCACCGGGCGGGUGGCCUUCUCCGUCACUCGGCAGACAAACCAUGAGCCAACAGACAUGAGCAAUCGCACCAUGAUCAUUUACUUUGACCAGAUAUUGGUGAAUGUGGGUAACCACUUUGACCAAGAGAGUAGUGUCUUCUUGGCUCCUAGAAGAGGUGUAUACAGUUUCAAUUUUCACGUGGUGAAGGCUUACAACAGGCAAACCAUACAGGUUAGCCUGAUGCUAAAUGGCUGGCCUAUGGUAUCAGCCUUUGCUGGGGACCAGGAUGUGACAAGAGAAGCAGCCACCAACGCUGGCCUGGUGAUUAUGGAGAGGGGGGACAAGGCCUACCUCAAGCUGGAGAGGGGAAACCUGAUGGGGGGCUGGAAGUACUCCACAUUCUCUGGCUUCUUGGUCUUCCCCCUAUAGAGGAAGUCUUGGAAAGGGGGUAGGGGGUGGGAGUGUUGCAAGUGUGGGGACAGUUACAAAACAAAAACAACUUUGCAACUCUUCCUCAUAAGGUAACACUAGUGAAAUGUAUUUGAUUAAUAAAUAGCUACAGAAAUCAAAAUCUGCAAUAGCUUACACUGAAGGUAACCACCAGAUAAUUGUAAUGCCAUAUUAAAAUAGCUAUAAUUUAUCUUUUUAAAAUAGCUAUAAUUCAUCUUUGGUAAAUUAUAGCUGUUGGAUUGGGUUUGGCUGACAGGUGCAUGAUCUAUUGGAAUUACGUUUGUGCCAGCUCCGAAUUUGCCUGGUAAAAUUCACAAGCUGUAGCCCUGCAAAAAAAAUGGUGUUUCAGCACAAUUGACCACAUGCUUUAUUAUUUAAUUGCUGAAUCAAAGAAUAUGAAAAAAGGUGAUCUAUCUCUUCAAGGCAUCUUACAAACUUUUUUUCAGUUCCUGGUAAUCUGACUGUUCCUCUUGUAAGGGUGCAUUGUAUCCCGGUUUACUCCUUGGAAUAAUAACAUUUAAUGCUUGCCUGCUUGUGCUCAGCUGUACAUUUGCAUUUAUGACCAAUUUGUAUAAUGUUUAAAAUGUAUUAAAUGGACUAAACCUUA